UUCUUCAUCAAGGGGCUUGCUUAUGUCUUUGAGAGGGUUCGUAUGGUGCUUUAUUAACUUCCAAAGUGCUUUUAAAAAUAUUAACUCAUGAUGUCACUUUUAGUUAAAAAAGUUAUUGGAAUAAGCAUUGUAAACUUCCUAGUUUUACUCAUUCAGAUUAUAGGGACUGAUAGUGAUGGUGCAGCUUUGGAUAUUCUCUUUUCUAGGGCUAAAUUGUCAGAAUUGAAAAAAUCUAGAUAUUCAUAUAGGAAAUUGGCAGAGUAGUGGAGAGUGGAAAGCUGAGAAAGGAUUCAUAGGAAAGAUAUGAAAAAAACUUAUGAUUGACUCAUAUACUCCAAAUGUUCAAAUGUUCAAAAAUGUGAAAAGCAAAAUAGCCAUUUUGGUUAGAUGACCCAAAUAAAGGCCAAAGACCCUGACAUUCCAAAAGUGACGGGAAAUGAUUAAAGGAAGUACAUACGGAGAAUGUAAGGAAAUGACUUGGUUUAAAACCCAUGGGCAAGAUCUCGGUGCUAUAAACCACGGUAGAGUGGGUGUAAUUCAGGAAUGGAACAAUUUAUUGACGAAAUUAAACUGCAGUUUCCAAGGCUCAAGACAUUUCCUGUCUUGGAUGUCUGGGUCUGUCUCAAUGCCAAAAUAGCCUUACUUCAAAGUGCUUGCGGGAGCAGAAAGGAGAAUUGGCUUAGUGUGUUUUCGCUGAGUGGGGGAAGUGGGAGGGGAGUAGGCUUAGGAAUCAGUCUGGGUUUAAGAGCAUGUGGACCACAAUCGGUCAUCAUUUUUCUGAAGCCCAACAUCAAAUGCACUUCUCAGAGGGAAGGCAACCCUGGGAGAGAAGAACUUGUUAAAGAAGAGGAAACAAUUUUGGAAGCUACGUAAGUGUGCCGGAAAAAUGAAGCUGCCUCUGAUGCAAAUCUUUUUUAUGAUGUUGCUGCUGCUGCUGGGCCUUGGGAUGGGCCUGGGUUUGGGCCUUCGGAUGGCUGCAUCGGUCCUGGAGGAUAGUGAUCACUCCCUGAAUGAAUUGUGGUCCAGUGAUUCAGAGGACAAGGCUGGAGCCAUGAAGGAGGGAGAGGGCACCCGGACAACAGAAACCCUGCUGCUUAGCAACAAAGGAGUGGUACUACCUGGCUGGCCUGAAGAGACCAUCGUCAGUGAAGAUGAAGUUGGAGGAAACAAGAUGCUCAGAGCUGAGGCUCCUUCUCAGAGUAACAAAGACUAUCCCAGGCUUGACCUGAUGGCCCGGGAAUGCAAUACCAUGAUGGCACACAAGAUGAAGGAGCACAACCACACAUGCAUCACCCAAUACACAUUCAUCCAUGAGGAGCUAGAUACAGUCAAAGCUGUCUGUAAGGGUCCUCUCAUUGCCUGCGAGCUCCAGGGAGGCAAAUGUCACAAAAGCUCCCGUCCUUUUGAUUUGACAUUUUGCAGGCUAUCCAAACCAGGCCAAGUCACUCCUCACUGCAAUUACCUAACAUUCAUUUUUGAAAAGUUCAUCAUUAUAUCCUGUAAUGACAUGAAGGUCCAGGUAAUACCUAAAUAAUGAAGCAACUUACUUUCUUCUUUUUUUUCACCUUCCCCUCUUUCUCUUUCCACUUCCUCUUUCUCCAGCUAUUUUCUCCCUCUUAGGUAUUCUGCAAUAAAGGUUCUGGGAAACAAGGCUGGCCUAUUUUAAAAAAUAAUUUCCUCAUAAAAACACAGUUCUUCUUUGCCCCAGGGUUCACAUUGCUUGUAUUGUGUUCCUGGGAUCCACAGUGGCAGAGUAUUAUAGGUUAAUGAUAUCUAGAUCUUCCUCUCAUCCUAACUCCUGCCCUGGAAAGAGAUUGGUGAAGAAAUAAAUGUAUUCCUGUGGUCCUGGUCAUUAGUCUGUUUGCCUUUGGGUAUGGACUACAAGAGUUUAAUGCAUCCCUUAUCCAUGCCUUUUCCUGCUACCCACCCUGAGUCUCUAGAGUGAGAAACCUG